CCUCUCCGUGGCAACUUCAUCCCCGUCAUCAGCUUGGAACGUCUGAUGGCUCUGGUUUUUCCUUUGACGCCAUGCCAUCUUAGACCCUUGUCCUGUGCCUGAAAAGGAUCUACGCUCGUCUGGCUCAUUUUGCUGGUAGAGAAACUACAGACGAUAUAAUCAUCAGAGAGUGGAAGGUUUGCUGCUCAGCUGCAAUUCAGUUAAUAAGGAGGCAGAAACUUCAUCAUGAACGCAUCAAAUGUCACUACAGAGGACAGGGUUUACGCUGGGGUCUUUGGCUGCAUUAUGGUGAUAGGUCUGCCUCUCAACGCAGUCGCACUGUGGAUUCUUCUUCGUCGUCACAGCCUCCAAUCGCCCAACGCUGUCUUCAUGGUCAACCUGGCAAUAUCAGACCUGCUGGUCAUCAUCUCUUUGCCCAUGAGGAUCUACUUUCACGCCACCCGCAGCUGGCCUCUGAGCAACAUAAUGUGCCAAUUCAUCACAAUGCUCUUUCGCAACAACAUCCGCUCCAGCGCCUUCUUCAUUACUUUCAUCAGCGUGGACAGACUUCUGGCUGUGGUUUAUCCUCUGAGGUCACGCCAUCUUCGAACUUCAUCCAAUGCCUGGAAAGGAGCAGCAGUAGUCUGGCUAUUUGUGCUGGUAUUGAAUGUUCCAGAGACUUUGGACUUUCCAAAAAAUGAGAACCACAGUGGAUGUUUUGAUUUCAGUCCUAAAAGGAAACCAGGUUUAACUAAAGGUAUAGCAAAUGUACAUCUUGUGUUAAUAGUCACAAUGCUAGCAGUCAACAUUGUGUGGACCGUUAUGGUGUCUUGGGUACUGCACAGACAUCACAGUGACUCUGCGAUCAACAACAAGAUGAACGUAAUGCUGAUAUUUGUCAUAAACUUGGUUUUGUUUACUAUCUGUUUCCUACCUUUGUCAGUAGGUGUAGUUACAGUUAAACCUACUGAAUUAAAGCCAUUGAUAUGUCUUAGUGCUGUGAACUGUUGUCUAGAUCCAUUCUUAUAUUACUUUUCCUUUGAUGGCUUCUGGAAGAAAAAAGAAGAUGCGGAUCCGCCAAGAGAGCAGUAACUUUAGGACAUGCUAUUUCAAUGCAUAAUUCCAGUCACAUUAAGGUUUUCCUAUUUUCCAAAAAAAGUGAUUGUGUAGCAAUGGGACAAGUAUUUUGUUCAACUGUAUUGUUUUUUUUUGUUUUUGUUUUUUAAAUUGUUUAAUAAAAUGUUUC